UCAACAAGUGGCAGUAUCGAAUGAAAGCGUAGCGGGAAAAGAUUAACCUGCCAUCUGUCUUACUUGCUGGAUAUUUUUGCAGGAUUACCAAAAGCGAAAAAGGCAAGAAAGAUUCUGAAAAGUUAAUCCUUCCUGUUGGCGGAAGAAGAAAUGAGACUUCAUACCAUGUUGUUUUUGCCCCUACUCCCACUGGUCACCGGUGUUCCUAACAAUUGGCCAAUUAGAAGAAUGAGCAACGUUACUGGAGAUAUCAUCUUGGGUGCUCUUUUCCCGAUCCACGAGAGAAAUGCCAAAUAUGAAUGCGGAAGAUUGCAGGAUGAAGGUAUUCAUCAAUUGGAAGCCUUGUUAUUUACUAUUAAGAAGAUUAAUGAUGACAGUACCAUUCUUCCGGGCGUGAAGCUGGGAGUGCUAGCUUUGGAUAGUUGUGACUCAACUGCUUACGCCUUGGAGCAAACACUGGAUUUUAUCAAAGGGUUCAUCGCCAGGAACAAUGCCCACGUUGAGAGACAGUUUCUGUGUCAUGAUGGAUCCGUGCCCGUGUUCAGAGACGGUAGUUUUGACAGAGUUGUCGGCAUCAUAGGUGGACAGUCUUCUUCUGUCUCCAUCCAGUUGGCUAACCUCCUUAGAUUAUUCCGUGUACCUCAGGUGAGUUACCAAUCCACAAGUCCUACACUAAGCAACAAAGAAAAAUAUGAUUACUUUUUCCGGACGGUUCCAUCUGACGUAAAUCAAGCUCAUGCUAUACUGGAAAUACUUAA